UUUUUUUUUUUUUAAAUACCUAUAAAUAUACGUUCCAUAGACGCGCUCAUGUACGCGAACGUAUACGCAUAUAUUAGUGUACGCAUUGUGUAUACGCAUAUAUAUUUCGAACGAUUGCGCACAGUACAAAAUAUCUGACUGACAGCUGGCAGCACGACACGCAGGAGUGGCAGAUCAUGUAACGAAUUCUAAUUGGAAAAGAUAAUAUCUGUUGGUUUGAGAGCAAAACCACUGCCAAGAUUAUAUUAGAAGAAUUAGCAGGAUAGGCAGACGCAGGCAGAAUAGCGGGGGUGGGGGUGGGAGAUUCAGAGGCGGUAUGACACGACCUCCUAACAAUGACAACCUUAUGACCUUUAAAUUGGUCGUGGUUGGCGAUGGAGGAGUUGGAAAAAGUGCAUUAACCAUACAGUUCUUUCAAAAAUUAUUUGUCACCGAUUAUGAUCCUACCAUCGAGGAUAGCUAUAUCCAACACACGGAAGUAGAUAAACAAUGGUGUAUUCUAGAUGUGCUAGAUACAGCUGGCCAAGAAGAAUUUAGUGCCAUGCGUGAACAAUACAUGAGGAAGGGUGAUGGAUUUUUAUUGGUAUAUUCUGUGACAGACAAACAGUCUUAUGAAAAUAUUAUCAACUUCCAUACUCAAAUUCUUAGAGUAAAAGACAGAGAUGUCUAUCCAAUGCUUCUUGUUGCCAAUAAGGUUGAUUUGGUACAUUUAAGAAAAGUGACGGAGGAACAGGGACGGGAAUUGGCACAUCGUCUGGGUAUUCCUUAUAUUGAAACUUCUGCCAAAGAUCCACCUCUAAAUGUGGAUGCUGCGUUUCAUGAAGUUGUACGCAUUAUUAGAAAUCAACCGCCAGCUGAAUUGGAAAAAAAUCGUCGGAAACGGAGACGUACUGGAAAAUGCAAUGUUUUAUAAAGUCUUCGUAAUUUUAUUGGGAAAGGAGUAAGGUUUAUUAUUUACUAUUGCACACAUUUAUUCAUACAAAAAUGCCACAAAGCUAAAACGAAAUUUGAAACCUUUAGUCCUGAAGUAUGCAUUGGUGCUUAUGUUUAACGAGUAGUCCUAUAUAUUUCAUUUAUUACUAAUAUACUCGAGUAUAAUAUUAGUAACUCUGUUCUAUUAUCAAUUAAUGUUUCUUCAAAUUGGUACGCGAAAUAAGAUUCAGUAACAGAUACCACCAACUAAAAAAAAAAAAAAAAAAAAAAAAAAAAAAAAAAAAAAAAAAACAAAGAAAACAAAAAAAAAAUAUGGCAUAGUUGUAUUCGUCAUAUUGUAUUUCGCAUCAGUUUAGAUUAAGCAACCAAAAGUACAUUGAUAAUAUUGGCUGUUCAUCUUAUGUAUGAUACGAGGAGACUACGUCUUCAUUCUUGCAUACACAUCAAUUUUCUACCAUCGAUAAUGUAAUAUGGAAUUGAACGUUUUUUAUUGCAUAAUUAUAGGGAAGGUUUUUAACUUCUCCUUGUAAGGUCUUGUCAUGAAAUGACUAUAAUGGUUUUAUAUGUCGACUCAGCUCAUUUUUAAAACGGCUGUCGAAAGUUCUAGCUUUAAGCAUAUUUAUUUUAUUACAAUUAUUUAUCCCCCUUUUCAAUUAUGGUUGAUCUUCUAACAUAAGAUACAAAGCUUCCAUGAAUUUAUUAUUUUCAAAUAAUUCGUAUUAUAAAUAAAAAAAAAUUUUCUUUUUCUAAUAUAUAUAUAUAUUAUCAACUACUGUGGCCUUAAUGUUUCUACAUUCAAAUAUUUCUCACAGAAUUUUAUAUAUGUCUCUGCAUAUAUCCUUUUGCUAUUAUGUGUAUAUAAUAUUCGUACUUGUGUUCAUUAUAACCAGUGAUGUUUCGCUUUAAUGUGCUAAAUAGAUUAUGUCUCACUGGAAUCAAUACAAGCUUAUCUAUGUUUGAUGUUUUAUGUUUAAAUGUCAAAUAACUUACUAUAAAAUUAAUAUGUAAUAAUAAUAUCUCGUUCAUUUGAUAGAUAUAAUUAAUUAUAUUAUUAUUAUUUAAAAUUAGAUUAUACAAGAGUAUAUCAUAAAGAUUAUGUUGGAAGACAACUCAUUUUCUUGUUAUAAGUAUCUGGUAUUAUGAUUUUUCUUUCUUCUUCUUCUUUUUUUUUUUUUUUCAUUUUUUUCUUUUUUUUUCUGUUCGUAAUUGAUUACAUCGAAAUUUUCAUUAUCUCUAUGCAUUGUUUUUCUAUACAGAUAUUCUCUAUAAAUUCUUUGCUCGUAUAUUUAACGUUUUAAUUUCAUUCAUUGAAAUACGUAGCUCAAAUUAUCUUUUCAUAAAAAAUUUUGUAAAUAUUAUCCAAAAUAUUAAUAAUAAUUUAAAAAAAAAGAAAAAAAUAAAAGGAAAAUUUUAAUUUGUUGGUAACGAUUAUAUUAGGCAUUUAAUAUUGCCUAAUGAAUAAAAACUAUUAUUCUGAAUCAGGAAUAAAACUAUAUAUAAGACAAUAUUGUCUUUCCUAAUAGUUAGUUUGUCUUUUUAAUUUAUCUUCAUAUUAUCAUUUUUUAUGUGCAUUUCAUUCUGUUAACACAGAAAGUCUAUUAAAAAAAUUUUAACAAACUUAAAAUGUUGAAACAUAUAGGUAUUUUUUAAUAGUCAAAUUUUUUUAUUUAAGUAUUAUAAAAGAAUGUUAUGUUUUUUUUUAUUUUUUGUUUUUUUCUUUAUCAUCUUUUGAUAAUGUCUUUUUUUUUUUUUUUUUGAAUGAAUUCAAUGUUUAUAUUUUAAGUUAAUGAAGAUCAAUAUGUCAGUCCUUUUUAUAUAAUAAGAAAAUGAUGCCAUGGCCUACAUUAGCAUUUAAUUGCAAUAUAUAUAUAUAUAUGUAUAUGUAUAUAUGUAUAUGUAUAUAUAUAUAUACAUAUAUAUGUAAAAUAUAUAUACAAAGAAAUACUAAAAGUGCGUAUAUUUGUAAGUCAAACUUAAUGUUAAAUGUACUAUUCAAAAAUCAAUGAAAGGAUUUUUCUCGAAUCUAACGAAGGAGAAAUCGAGCAAUGUCAUUGUGCAUUAUAAAAUUUAGUUUUACACAUUAAAUAGAAUCAUAGAAAAAUUGAUUGGGGUGAUGCGUUCGAAAGUGUUAUAAUAUUCUGUUGUGUUUACUUUACCGUCUCUCUUUAUCCAUUUAAUUUUAAAUAUUUCGAUAUAAUUUAUAUUUGGAUAAAUCUGAAAACAUUUCAAAAAUACAUAUAUGUCAUUGCGUAUAGCCAUUUAAGAUAGAAUUUCUACAAUGAACGAAUAUUCGGUUAUAAGGAAAUUUCAUUGAACGAUUUGACCAUAAUUUGUCUGUGAAAAAAGUUCAAAACUUUAGCUCAGGCAUGGUUAUAUCUAAAAUAAAUUAAUUUAAAAUUUUUUUUUUGCUUUCCUCUUCUUUUUUUUUUUUUGUCGUUAUCACAAUUGCAAUAAUAUUUUUGAGAGUGCAAUUAAGUACAACCGAAUAUCAUGCUUUAUCAUCGAUAUAUUGUCGUUAUAUCAUUAUAAAAUACAAUAUUGAAAGUAUUUCUAAUAAUCACGAAAAAAGGUUUAUUCUAUGUACGAUGUAUGAAAUCAUGUUCUUUUAAUUUGUUUAUUUGUACGUGAUAUUAAUUGUUGCAAAUAUUGACUAAAUUGAAAGAGCGAGAGAGAGAGAGAGAGAGAGAGAGAGAGAGAGAGAGAGAGAAAGAAAGAAUAGAGUAAAUGUUUUGGAAUGAAUUUUUAAUUUUUUUUUUUUUGUUUUUUAUUUUUUUUUCAAUUUGGUAGGUACAACGUUACAUGUUAAAAACAAAUGUUCUUUAUUUAUGAACAUUUCUCGCUGCUGACAAGGUGACACGAGUGUGUGUAUAUUAGCGACAUGCGUGGGUGCGAAUUUGUGUGAUUCUCUGAAAUUGAAUUUAUUUGAAAACAAAAAAAGAAAAAAUAUAUAUGUACGUAUAUUUUGUAAUCUUUGUUUACCAUCGAUAACGCGUAUGUUAUUAAUAAUAUAGGUACGUGGUCGCUAUAAUAUUUUUCACGAAACAUUGUUUAUAUAUGUUUAUUUACAGCACAAACAAAUAAUAUUUAUUUUAUGCGUCAUUUUAAUUUAAAAAUAUAUUGAUUUGUUCGUCCGUAUUUUAUAACUCAUACAUACACACACGCACGUACGCACACACACACACACACACACACACACACACGCACCCAUACAUUUAUAUAUUUUUUCUUUUCUUUUUUUUUUUUUUCCUUUUUUUUUUUUUAUUCGAGUGGAACUACUUACAAUUAGUAUAAAAAACAAUCUUUUUUAUAAGGCAAAUAUAAAAACGAAUAAGAAGGUAGUGUAUGUACCUGCACAAAUGGAUAAACUUCUCAAUACAACGCGUAAAAUAUAUAUAUCGAAACGUAA